AACGUCAAUCAAUUUUGCCAGGUUAAUGUAAACUUUUUCUGGAUAGCGACUAAGGGCGCAAGUCAGCGGUUAACAAUGUUCACAUAGAAUAAAAGUUUCAGUGUAUUGUCGAACUUGAUUGGAGCUCGCGAUAUGAGGCAGUGUUAGUUUAAAAUAUCGAGUUUGGAUCCCAUAGUGAAUUAAGUUGAUCAACACGUAUUCGCACAAAGGUUAUUGUGAAAUCAAAUCGGAUUUUCGAAUGGAACCACGGUAAUUUUAGUACUGAAAAUGGGAUGCAACGCUGCCAAAAACGUUGCAGUUAUUCCACUGGAUGGAAAUGCUCAUAGCUCAAAUGGUGAAGUUAAGACAGACCGCUAUGAUGCCGCGCCUAAUUACAUUGAUUUAGAUCCAGGAGAAAUUGAGAAUGCUAUGGUUAAUAACGUGCUUAAAGCAGGGAAUGGAAUGUCUUUUGAUAUAACGUUCGACGAAUCGGAGGACAAACAACCUCCCAAAAGAAUUAUUGAACUCCAAGAAGCUGAAAACAAGGAACCGCCUUCAUUGGAAAAGUUGCAAGAAAAACUGGAAGAAGCAGAACUAAGACGGCAACAACUAUAAUUCUUCCAGUUUCUGCAACAACGUCUGCAAUCGGCAAACAACCUGAAGAAGCAUACAAAUCACGAAACUUUGAAGUCAACCGAUCAGUCGCCUAAUCAUUUAGCAGUUCCGCAGAAUGCUUUAUAAGAUAUAUAAUUUACAACUUCAAAUCAAUGUGAAAAAGCGAACACAGAUUUUUUUCAGUUAGAGCUCGCCAUUCAAAUGAUACUUUGGUUAAAGUAGUCAGUUUUUGCAUGAGAAAUGGUUCAGCGUUGCGUUAAUUUGUAAACUGUAUUUAUCAAAUUUACCAGCUGGUCAGUCAAGUGAAGUCUAACUAUGGUUAACUGUCUUACCACUGUAGAUAACGUAGAGUAGAGAGUAGAAGGUAAAAAAUUGUAGUUAUAAAGAUGAUGAAAACAAGCACCGAGGAUUGUAUUACAAGUCUAACUAUGGUUAACUGUCUUACCACUGUAGAUAACGUAGAGUAGAGAGUAGAAGGUAAAAAAUGUUAUUUAUAAAGAUGAUGAAAACAAGCACCGAGGAUUGUAUUACAAAAUUUUUCAUUCACCCAAAGACCAUGAUUUGAUUUAAUUUUAGAUAGUUCAUGAAAUUUUUUGUCAACAUGAUUCUUUUGAAGUUUGAGAUACUUUAAACGCCCUUUGAGAUAAUAUAUGUAUAACAACUUA